UGCGUGCUGGCGCGAGCAGGGCGGAAGUAAGCCAGUCUGUACGUAUUAAUGUGUGAGAUGGUACAAAACAACAUUCCGUAGUUAUCAAUUUCAGUCUUGUAAGUGUGUAAUAGAUUCCGUGCGAUGUUCGCAAACCAUUAUACUGAAAACGAAUGAGUAAUGAAUAAACGGUCCAGAUGACGAUGAAAACACGAUUUUAAAAAUGUCCCAGACAGAGCCCAAGCAAGAAAAAAAAUGCUCUCAUAAGACAGAGCUCUACCGCGAGACGCCGUCCACGUGCUUGCCCGUUGUUUAUUCUCCGAACUACAACAUUACCUUCUUGGGCCUUGAGAAGCUCCACCCAUUCGAUGCUGGAAAAUGGGGGAAAGUGAUUCACUUCUUAAAAGAGGAGCAGUUUCUCACAGAUGAGAACAUCGUUGAGGCUCAGGAGGCGACGGAGCAGGACCUGCUGGUUGUCCACACGAAACAUUACCUGAACAAACUGAAGAACCAUAUCUUGGAGGGAUCGAGAGAGUGGUCGCUGGUGGUAGCCACCAUCACAGAAAUCCCACCGCUCCUGUUUUUGCCCAAUUUCCUGGUGCAGAGGAAGGUGCUGAGGCCGCUUCGCACGCAAACGGGUGGCACUAUAAUGGCAGGCAAGCUGGCCAUAGAGCGAGGAUGGGCGAUCAAUGUUGGGGGCGGCUUCCACCAUUGCUCCAGCGACAAGGGAGGUGGCUUCUGUGCUUACGCUGAUAUAACAUUAGCUAUCAAGUUUCUCUUUGAGCGAGUGGAGGGGAUAUCCAAGGCUACCAUUAUUGACCUUGAUGCUCAUCAGGGAAAUGGGCACGAGCGAGACUUCCUGGAUGAUGACCGGGUCUACAUAAUGGAUGUUUAUAACCGCUACAUCUACCCCGGGGACGGAUAUGCCAAACGGGCCAUCAAGAGGAAGGUGGAGCUAGACUGGGGGACUGAGGAUCAGGAGUACCUGCAGAAGGUAAAGCAGAACUCUGAGAGAGCCCUCAGCGAGAUGCGGCCAGAUAUCAUCGUCUACAACGCCGGAACGGACAUCCUGGACGGCGAUCCACUCGGAGGCCUUUCCAUCUCCCCGCAGGGCAUCAUCAAGAGGGAUGAGAUUGUCUUCAGGGUUGCCCGACAGCAGGGCAUCCCCAUCCUCAUGGUGACAUCAGGGGGGUACCAGCGGAAGACCGCACGCAUCAUCGCCGACUCCAUCCUUAACCUGCACUGGAUGGGCCUGCUGGGGAGUGGGGCCACCAACGAGGCUGGACCUUCGACAGCCCCGGGUGCGGCGGGCGGGUCCGUUUCUAUGGGAACACGACUCUCCCCUCGCUGAAUGUCCACCUCCAAGCUCUGUCCCGGGAGGAAUGGGCUGCUCUCUCAGGGAAAAGCCUGAUGUAAUAAUGGCCUGAAAAUCAGCGGUGGCUGGUGUCCUGGUAUGGGUUGGUGUCUGUCUGGUGUUUGUUCCCUGCUUGGAUUCUCUGCUGCUGUUUAUAUAUGGCAGCGAUUGACUAAUCCAACACUUAAGGCAACACUAGAAUGCUACAUGUGUCUCUGUGAGUGCUUAACACCUGUGUUUUUUUUCACUGUCAAAGAAUAUUGCUUGUUUGCACAUAUAGACUAUUAAGAUUUGUUUUGUUCACUUUGUGCAGUUGACUUGAAUGAGGAUGUAGAGGUCUUUGGAUAAAGGGAAAUCCCUGCAUCAAUAAUUCAUAAACUUUGCCAUUCAUGUUUUCGAAACAUAAACCAAAACAUUUAAUUAGCACUUAAAUAGUGCUAAUAAAACUUAAAGAGUACCAUUCUCAAGCAUUUGCACUACUAAGAUUUGGUCCCUUUGUAAAAUUACUAAUGAUAUUCUUGUAGUACCAUUACAUAACUGAAAAUGUGAUUCAGCUGCAAAUAUUUGGGGAAACAUUUUUACUAGGACAUUUAAUUGAGGCACUUUCAUUUUUUUUGUGUGGUGACUCCCACUUACCAGGGCAGAGACCUGUUUUAAACACUAAUGACUUUGCACAUCCAUACUUUCGUAUUGACUGUAGCAUGAAUUGCUAGGGAGACUGUGGCAUUCUUUGGGCUGUGCCAAGGCUGCAAGUGAAUUCUGCAGUUAAUAAUGUGUUUACAUUUUUAACCUCUUUCGUUCUUUUUAAAGAAAGUUGAAGCACCUUGAAUGAUAAAAGUCAGACAGACUAUUGUUGAUCUUGUACAGAAACUUCUGUUUUUUACUGGUCUUGAAUGAUAGGAGUCUCAUGAAUAUCUCAGUCGUUAAGAUGAUGUUAUCGCCAUCUUAGGUUAACACUCUAUAGUGUUUAAUCAUAAUGAGGGUGAAAUGUUUGAAAAUGAACAAACACAUUUUGAGUUACAAUGUACAUAGUUAUGAAGUAAAAAUGCUUUGACCCUAGAAAACAUGAGGCUGUUAUGGUGCGAUAGUGUAUGAGCUUUGAUGCAUAAUUCAGUCCUGUUAAUGUUACAGGAAAAUGUUUGCCGUUUACAUGACCUAUCAGUAAAUUAUUGCAAAUGGGAAGUUGUGAAUCCUUUUUUUAAGGAGUGGUUAAAUGUCUUUAAUGACUUCCACUGUUGAAUCAAUACAGACUUUCUACGUUUUUAUCAAGUGGAACCUUCUGCCAUGCAGUGCUUAGUGGCAGCAGGAGAUAACAGCUGAAAUGCAGAUCAGUUCCUAUCAGAUGAUAGACAACAUUGUUAUUGAUAGUGAGAGUGUUUGUAAAUCAACAUGACCUGUAAAAUAAAAAAAAAUUGAACAGACACAGGUCUGACAGUCAUAAAAAUAGAGCUUAUUAAUAUCUCUAUCUUAUCGCAUGCCCUGUGUGUUGUGGUUUUCCAACUGUCAGCAUGCUAAAGGCUCAGAGGAAGUUCUUGCUCCUGACUUUUUCGGUAAACAUCGUCAUGUCGGGCUGCGGCGGCAGCUUUGUGUUAGCGCCUCUGUCCUCAGGGGCUCUCCCAAGUAUAAUUUCAGCUCAAUUGCAAAGGGCAGCAGUAAACGGCAGGUGUGCGUUCCUCCUCGGUCACGUUUCUGCCUCCUGCGGUUGGUUGUUUUUGGCACCUGUUUCAGGCCCGUCUGUCUCAUGUGGAACAAGAUUAGCAGACAACUCCGUGUGAGUUAGUGAUGAAGGUCAAUGCAGGCCAGGAUGAAGGCUGGGCAGGCGCUACACAUACUAACCCAGUCAGACUGGGCAGGACUUACACAUACUAACCCAGUCAGACUGGGCAAGACUUACACAUACUAACCCAGUCAGACUGGGCAGGACUUACACAUACUAACCCAGUCAGACCGGGUAGAUGCUACCCAUACUAACCCCAUCAGACUGGACAGGCGCUGCACAUACUAACCCAAUCAGACUGGGCAGGCGCUACCCAUACUAACCCCAUCAGACUGGGCAGGUGCUACACAUACUAACCCAGUCAGGCUGGGCAGGCGCUACAUGUACUAACCCAAUCAUGCUGGGUAGGCACUUCAUGCAGUAACCCAGUCAGACUGGGCGGGCGCUACACAUACUAACCCAGUCAAGAUGGGCAGGCACUGCACAUGCUAACCCAAUUAGGCUGGGCAAUCACUGCACAUACUAACCCAGUCAAGAUGGGCAGGCACUACCCAUACUAACCCCAUCAAACUGGGCAGGCGCUACACAUACUAACCCAGUUAGACUGGGCAGGCGCUACCCAUACUAACCCCAUCAGACUGGACAGGCGCUGCACAUACUAACCCAGUUAGACUGGGCAGGCGCUACCCAUACUAACCCCAUCAGACUGGGCAAGCGCUACAGAUACUAACCCAAUCAUGCUGGGUAGGCGCUACAUGCAGUAAUCCAGUCAGACUGGGCAGGCGCUACACAUAAUAACCCAGUAAGACUAGGCAGGCGCUACACAUACUAACCUAAUCAGACUGGGCAAGCGCUACAGAUACUAACCCAAUCAUGCUGGGUAGGCGCUACAUGCAGUAAUCCAGUCAGACUGGGCAGGCGCUACACAUAAUAACCCAGUAAGACUAGGCAGGCGCUACACAUACUAACCUAAUCAGACUGGGCAAGCGCUACAGAUACUAACCCAAUCAUGCUGGCCAGGUGCAAUACAUGCUAACCCAAUCAGGGACUUACAGGGACUCAAUAUCAGAGACUUUCAAGACUACAAGAAUUCUUCUGAUGUUCUUGGGUAGUCCAUAGUUUUAGAUCAUUCAAAUGAAGCUUGCGUCAUAACAGCUGGUAUAAUGUGUGCAGUUUAUUACUUCUUUGUAGCUUUGAGAAGUGUCUGUGACUUGGAGUUGCUCCAAACUGUAUAUUCACAUUGAAUACCGAGUAAACAGGUUCCCUGGAGACAGAAGCGCAAGUGGAUGAUUCAACAGCCCAGUGGAGAGCCAACUUAAAUGUAUUAUUUAUUUAUUAUUUAUUAUUUGCAUUAUCUUGCGAUGCAAAGACUAACCCGCUGUCAUUCGCAUUUACUUAAUACUAAACUAUUUGCUCAUGCAAGUUUUACUCACCCAAAAGUGUUCUGAGGGCAGAAGGAGAAAUGAUUGGUUCAGAGAGAUAACCAGUCAGACUGUAGAGGAGGUGGGUCCAAGCAGCUAGAGGUGGUGGAACCAACCGAUCAUAUGUCUUGGUCCCACCUGCUUUAGUUGCAUGGACCCACCACCUCUACAACCGGAUUGGUUCAGAGAGAUAACCUAUCAUUUCUCCUUCUGCCCUCAGAACAUAAAUGUCUAAGUAAAACUCCCAUGAACAAACUAUGUGUGACAUGGGUCUCAUAUGGACAUCUGUGCUAGUUUGAUGCUUUUUUGUUAGUUUUUUGAUGCUUGUAUAGGUGCUUUAGCAACCUGGACCAGUGACAGCAAUUCUAGUUUAGAUUUUACUUGUAAUUAAUGAAGAUUUAUAUUAUUCCUAUGAAUUAAAGGAAUGAAGAAUGCUUAAUUGUACUAGUAAUGAGUUGCCAAACCUAACAUUACUAAAUUCGUACAUUGUUUUUUUCUCCAAUUUUUGACUGCCAUUUAAAAUGAACAGUGCACAUGUAUAUAAACAGACAAACUAUAAUAAACUCAAAAAAUGUGCCA